UUUCUGCUCUCUGACAUCUCAGGGGAUCCGAGAUAAGGGCUCUGAGGGCCGAGCUCUAGGGGAGGAGGCAAAGGAGGUGCCUGACACUUAAAAAAAAAAAACAGUUGAAUUGCACUACUUCUUACAAGUUUUUGUCACUUUAUGGAGACAGUUGUGAAGGGAGAAGAGGAGAAAGACACAGAAGGCAGGUGGGGGGAAAGAGUUGGAAGGAAGGAACAACGCAGGGAUUGAACCCCGGUCUCCGGUGGAGAGAGGCACAUAUGUGGUUAGAACCGGGCAGUGUUAACCUACCUACCCACUGCCACACCACGGCCUCUGCAUUGACCCGUUGUUUUGGAUGUGAGACGGAGGACUAAUUGUGGAGAAACUGUUACUGGACAACAUGAUGCAGACAACGGAACCCACCAUGCUGAUACUACUACUGACACUGGGAACCAUGGUGACGUGUAGUUUACAACAGGAACAGAGCUCUGUGAACCGGUGUGAUGAGACCGGAGCCGACCAGACCACGACCCCCUGUACGUCGUGUGCUGCCUCCCAGACACAGCUGUGUCCCAGGGGCUUUAAGAAGUACACCACCCAGCCCAUGGAUACCAACAUGGGCCAAAGUGGUUGCCUGUACUCAGUAACCAUCGCAGGGCAACAGUUGGCGUUGGAAGGCUGCAACCAUCAAUGUGAGAGGACUGUCACCAUGCCCAAAUGCUGCGCAGACUUCUGGGGCCCGCUGUGUCUGUCCUGUCCUAGCUGGAAUGGGAGAACCUGUAACUGGCACGGAACCUGCAUGGAUGGAAUAUCAGGGAAUGGGACCUGUGUCUGCAAUGAGGGAUACACGGGCUUUGCCUGGCCAAGCAGUGUUCCAACCAGAAUUCAAUACGGAGACGAACUGUAUCAGAGUGAGCAGCAGCCUGUCUCCCUGGGCAGCCAGGUUUUGUCUGUGACGACGGCUCUCUAG